AUGUCAUUUAAUUUUACUGGGACACCCACUGGUUCGGGAACUGGUGGUGAUUCCUUAACCACUGAUUUAAAUACACAAUUUGAUUUAGGAAAUAUGUCAUGGAUAGGUACUUGUGCAGCAGGUGUUUGGCUUAUGGUGCCAGGUAUUGGUCUUUUAUAUUCAGGUAUGUCGAGAAAAAAACAUGCUUUAAGUUUGUUAUGGGCUUCUUUAAUGGCUGUCUCAGUUGUAAUAUUUCAAUGGUUUUUCUGGGGCUAUUCUUUAGCAUUUUCACAUAGUACAAGAGGCGAUGGUUUCAUUGGUACGUUACAAUUUUUUGGUUUUAGAAACGUUUUAGGUGCUCCUUCUGCUGUAACGUCAGUUCCAGAUGUAUUGUUUGCAGUAUUUCAAGGUAUGUUUGCUGCUGUCACCGGAGCAUUAAUGUUAGGUGGUGCUUGUGAAAGAGCUAGAUUGUUCCCAAUGAUGGUUUUCUUAUUCCUAUGGAUGACAAUUGUCUAUUGUCCAAUUGCUUGUUGGACUUGGAAUGCAGAUGGUUGGUUAGUUAAGUUGGGCUCUUUGGAUUAUGCAGGUGGUGGUCCAGUUCAUAUCGCUUCUGGUCAUGGUGCUUUGAUUUAUGCUUUGAUUUUAGGUAAAAGAAAUGACCCUGUUACAAGCAAAGGUAUGCCAAAGUAUAAACCACAUUCAGUCACAUCCGUUGUACUAGGUACUGUGUUCUUAUGGUUUGGUUGGCAAUUUUUUAACCCUGGUUCCGCUGGAAAUGCAACCAUUAGAGCUUGGUAUUCAGCAAUGUCUACAAAUUUAGCUGCCGCUUCAGGCGGGUUAACUUGGAUGUUCAUUGAUUAUUUUAGACAUGGACGUAAGUGGACUACAGUGGGUCUAUGUUCAGGUAUUAUUGCAGGUUUAGUUGGUAUUACUCCAGCAGCAGGUUUCGUUCCAAUUUGGUCAUCUUUUGUAAUUGGAGUUGUUACUGCUGUUGGUUGCAACUUUGCAGCUGAUCUAAAGAAUUUGAUUCAUAUUGACGAUGGUUUAGAUGUUUGGGCUCUACAUGGUGUUGGAGGUUGCAUUGGUUCCGUCUUCACAGGAUUUUUUGCAGCUGACUACGUUAAUGCCACCGCUGGCUCAUAUGGUGCUCCAAUACCAGGAGGAUGGAUUAACCACCAUUGGAAACAAGUUGGGUACCAAUUAGCAGCAAUGUCAUCAACGAUUGCUUGGACCUGUGUUGUUACCGCUAUUCUAUUAUUAAUUUUAGACAGGAUUCCAUUUUUAAGAUUGAGAUUAAGACCUGAAGAAGAAGAGUUAGGUACAGAUGAGGCAGAAAUAGGUGAAUUUACUUAUGGAGAAGAUACGGGGUAUAUUCCUGAACCAAUUAGAUCUCAUGCAUCUAAUAUUGUUCCUAAGCCAGUAUCUGCCAUUGAUGACCAAAUUAUUCCAUCUUCAGAACAAGACAGUAAACAUUCGACAUCUGACAAUUCUAAUUACGAUGAAGAGAAAGGUAACGUAACCGAAAAGUAA